UCUACGUCUACAGAACCGUUGACGUGAAACGUGUAAUAUUAUUGUGUCACAAUAGUAUUAUUCAUCAUUGCAUUUUUCAGUUCCGUCAAUUAAUUAAUCUAUACCGUCAAUUCAUUUUCAUUACCGAUGUUUAAAUGACAGUGGGGUGAAUGAGUGUUAAAAGUUAUUUGUGUAGAAUAAAACCCUUUUACAGUUAUAUUUUUAUAUAACAUUUUUUGGGGGAGUGUGAACUCGUUAACCACAUAUUUUGUACUCAAAAUUAAGGAAUUUACUGUAAUAAAAAUAAUUAAUUACUCGUCAUUCAGAAGUCUCAAUUAAGGAGGGAGGAUGGUGUGAUGUGUGAUAACGCUAUUAACAGCUUAGCAAAUGGUAAUGCUUAAAUUUGGCUCCUGUUAUAAUGCGAAUAAGGCAAAAUGAUCUUUUUUAACACACAUUGUAUAUGAUACUCCUCUAAGUAAUACGGAUAAUAGUUAAAAUUGUAAAUAGAAAUCAUGAAGCUUUAUAAACAGAAACUUUUAACAAAUGCCCAACUGAAGAAGCUAAAUGAGCAUAAGUACUCCUACAAAAGUGAUAGUUUCUUGGACAGUUUUCUGCAACCCUGGUGGAACUACUUAGUUAGCAAAACUCCUAUUUGGCUAGCCCCAAACCUCAUAACGCUUGUUGGUUUAUUUGUUAAUGUUUUAACAGCCUUAAUAUUAAUAGCUUAUUCACCUGAUGCCAAAACAGAAGCACCUCGUUGGACAUAUUUUCUGUGUGCUGUAGGACUUUUUAUUUACCAAAGUUUAGAUGCUAUUGAUGGAAAACAAGCUCGACGUACCAACUCAGCAAAUCCCCUAGGAGAGCUUUUUGAUCAUGGUUGUGAUUCAAUAUCAACCAUAUUUGUAGCACUGUCAGCGUGUCUAGCAGCUCAACUGGGAAAUUACCCAAACUGGAUGUUUUUCCAGUGCUUUUGUGCUAUCACAUUGUUUUAUUGUGCACAUUGGCAAACUUAUGUGUCAGGAACAUUGAAAUUUGGGAAAGUUGAUGUUACAGAAGCCCAGUUUACAAUUAUGAUAAUUCAUAUGGUCUCAGCAAUAUUUGGGCCAAGUAUAUGGAAUACAAAGGUUUUCGGUAGUUUCACGACGAGUCAUAUGUUGUGCACGAUGUUCUUCAUUGGGUACUUUCAAGUAUUUCUUAAUUUUCUCGAAGCAAUUAGAGCUGGAGGUUGUGGAAAAAAUGGUUCCACUGUUGCUAUUCCCGCAACAGACAUGGAGAUUCGAACCGUCGGUCUUUACAUUGCAUGUGUCCAAUAUUUACUUCAUGCUCGAACCUAUUUCCGAGCAAUUUUCACGGAAGGUGCCGGAAAAAACGGAUCAACAGUUGCCGGUACAAGUGUGCUAUCUCCUAUAAUACCCUUCUCAAUGGUGCUAGUUCCUGCGUUUAUAAUUUAUAGAAAAUCGAUCGAUCAUGUUUAUGAAGAGCACCCAGCUCUUUAUAUAAUGGCCUUUGGAAUAGUUGCCGCCAAAGUAACAAACAAACUAGUUGUUGCCCAUAUGACUGUUAGUGAAAUGGAAUAUAUGGAUGUUUCACUUGUUGGCCCCGCUAUGUUAUUUUUUAAUCAAUAUUUUAAUACCUUUUUACCAGAAUAUGCGGUUCUAUGGCUUUGUAUGAUAUGGGUCACUUUGGACUUAUUCAGGUAUUGCUCGCAAGUUUGUCUGGAAAUAUGCGACCACUUACACGUAGAAUUGUUCCGCAUCCCAAGUCCUGGUGAUCCUCUAAGGGUCACUGUGCCUUCGACAGCCCUGUCACUAGAGAAAAAUGUUAACUUGGUGAACCCCGUUAGAAAAUGUGUUUCACUUGAACAACGUAGAAAAUGUUAUCAAGACGUUUCAGAACCAACUUUUGAAAUCACUUCUGGUUUUAAAACUGGUUAUGUUGAAAUUGCUAAUAAAAUGGAGAAUUUUUUGCGCACAGGAAAACCGUUUACAUUGAAUAAUAAAUAAUCUGAAUGAAAUACAUCAAUUGAGCCAUGUACAUAUACUUAUGCUUGUAUAUUUUAUAUAAGAUUAUAUCUAUAUUUAUUAUAAAUUCUAAUAUCAUCUAAAAUCUCAUACACUUAUUCAUCCUAAAAGUGUUCUGUUUAAAAUUAUCAGUUUUAAGAUAAUGUAACACUUAAAAUACUUUAAUAUGGGAGCUUGCUUAAAAACUCAAUUGCCUAAUUGAUGGUGCUGGUAGUAUUUACUAUGUAAAUGGAAAUAUUGUUUCUACGCUUUCGAAAAUUUUCAGCAAAUUAGUAAUUUUUAGGUGCUAGUGAUUCUGAUAUGAGUGACCUGGGGAAAGAUGAUGGAAUACCAUUAUUACAUUCAUGAGAAAACCAUGUAUUUGCAUUUCUUCAAAAUAACAUUUACGUUAUAUAUAGUUUAUUAAUUCAACUACCCAUAUAAUAAACAUUGUUGAUGUGGUAAAUAAAUCGUUAUUGUAAACCAUCUAUUUUUCCUAAAAAAUAAUAAUGAAUUUCAGCUUU